AUGAGCCGCUACACGGCAGAAUCCACCAGCGAAGAAGUCUGUAGAGAUCUCUCAGACAAGAUACAAGGAAGCAGAGUUCUCAUCACCGGCGUCACACCCGGAAGUAUAGGAGGUGAGGCAGCGCUACAAAUCUCGAGGCAGGCACCAGCCCUCCUCGUCCUUGCAGGUCGGAGAAUUGAGAAUCUUCGAUUGCUCGAAGACGCAAUUAGAGCGGGCACGCCGGGCGCGAAUACCAGACUUUUGCUGCUGGAUCUCAGUUCGCAGGAAAGCGUUCGCAAAGCCGCUGAAGAAGUCAAUGCCUUGCCUCAGGGGAUAGAUGUCCUCAUCAACAGCGCAGGUACGAUGGCUACACCGUACGGCGUGACGAAAGAAGGGCUGGAGUUGCAAUUCGGAACGAAUCAUAUUGGUCAUUUCUUGUUCACGAAUUUGAUCUUGAGCAAGAGACUGCGCCACAAUACCACGAAGAUGAAGGUGGUUAAUGUUAGUAGUUCUGGACAUAAGAGGGGCCCGGUUCGGUUUGAGGAUCUUGGCUUUGAGGACGGAAAAUGCUACGACAAGUGGCAGGCCUAUGGUCAAAGUAAAACUGCCAAUAUGCUUUUUUCGGUAUCAUUGGCGGAGAAGCUGGGUCCGAGGGGCGUUAAGUCAUUCAGCCUUUAUCCAGGUCGCAUUGUGACUGGAAUUGGAAGGCACUUGUCACUGGAAGACUGGGUAAAAUCCGGAUGGAAGAACAAGGACGGAGAGAUCAUCCACGAUCCAAAGUUGAACUGGAGGACACUGAGUCAGGGAGCUGCUACAUUGAUCGUGGCGGCUUACGACUUAAGUAUCGAAGGUAAGCAGACCCCCUCCUCACAUAGUGACACUAGUAUUGAGUUUAAUGGCGAGCCUAUAGAAAGCAAUGGAUCGUAUCUUGUGAAUAACCAGAUUCAUGAUGACGACGCGGCCGAGUACGCUGUUGACCCGAAGAAUGCAGAAAGGCUGUGGACUGUUAGUGAGGAACUUGUGGGCCAAAAGUUUCGUUAUUAA